CUAGUUAACAUUACAGAGUCAAACAAACUAAUAAAGCCAAUUCUCACCAUGUGACGGCGAUAAUUCUGUUUCCAUUGCAUAACAAAAACAAUUCAUCCCACCAAAUCAUCAAUUCCCUGUUUCUCAAUUUCACAUAUUUGUCACUUACAAAGGGAUAUUUUUCUCAUUUUUCACCCUUUGGAUCCGUUUAUAUCCAAACAACAGAUAAGCUAAGCUGACGUAGCGCCUGCCAUCACCUUGGAAGGGUAGAAAUCGGCUUCUUCAGAAUUCGGGGGAAAUGGCGAUUUCUGUGGCGGCAUCAACAACUGUUCCUUCUCUGAAUCGAAAAAGCUCAGCUAAACUAUCGGCUUAUUAUUAUUCCUCGAAACUAUCUUUCUCAUCGUCGAUUCAAUUUCAGCCCAUUCGAAUCGUUGAUAGACCAAUUUCCUCUCGCUAUCGUCCUCUUGUAGUUGAAGCAAAGAAGCAAAUAUUUAACUCCUUUGAUGAGUUGUUGUCGAAUUCCGACAAGCCUGUGUUGGUUGACUUCUAUGCAACCUGGUGUGGACCUUGUCAAUUCAUGGUUCCAAUCCUCAAUCAAGUGAGUUCUACCCUGAAAGAUAAGAUUCAGAUUGUGAAGAUUGACACCGAGAAGUACCCUAGCAUUGCUGAUAAAUACAGAAUACAAGCAUUACCGACUUUCAUCAUAUUUAAGGAUGGGAGGCCCUUUGAUCGUUUUGAGGGUGCCUUGAGCGCUGAUCAGCUCAUUCAACGCAUUGAAAAUUCAUUAAGUAUUAAGCAAUAGUCCCGGCCCCUAUUUGAAUCACUACCUUAUCUAUCUCUGCCCCUUUUUUUAAUGUUCGUGUCUGCGUCUCAGUUUUCGACUCUGAUGUAAUGGAACUACUAGAUUGGAUUAUUGAAACUGGUGAUCAACUCACAAGGGAGAUAGACAGAGCUUUCGUGUUCCCAUUUAACUUUUUUGAUACAAAUGACUCUGUAUGUGCCAUUGAAUUUUGCCCCUAUUCAUGGGACUCUGAUAAUAUAAGAGGACACAUUGUAUGCUUUGAA